AUGAUAAUACCAAUAACAAUCGCAUUGUAUAUCAACAUAUUAAUAUUUUCGGAUUCUAGGCGAUUUGUACCGGGAAACGAUGCAAUUUUAAACAAAAGAUCCAUUUUAUCUCCAUUAUUCAUCAAGUUUCAUAAUUUCCCCAAAAUGACGAGAGCUCCAAAGAGAAAGAGAGUGGAAUCCGUCGCAUCUGACGAAAAUCACUCAGAUGGAGGGAUAACUACGGUAGAAGAACUCGAAAACUAUCAACGCAUGGAAGAACGUACAAGAAUCGUCAUAUCGAAGGAAAAGAUUGGUAUCUUUGGAAAGGCUGGACUAUUCAGGUAUGAAAAGUUCUCAUUCUACAUCAGUCAUUCCAGGAACCUCGUGAAACGCUCCGUGGAAACAAAAGAUGGGAUACCUGAAAUGGUCUACAUACUUAAAAAAUGGGAUCAAAUUCCAUCAGAGCUACAGGAUGUUAUACUCAAGGAAGCCAUUGAACAUUCUACCAUAUUUCAUCCAGUCAGAUACUCUGAUUUGUCCGUAGAAGAGGCAUUCAAGUUGAUCCUAAAUGAAGAAAAUGGAAUAAUGGUUGGAUUUGAAACUAUUGGACAUAUUGCACAUUUAAAUAUACCUGAUGAAAGACGUCCAGUCAAGAAACUAAUUGCAAAGAUUAUAAUGGACAAACACAAAAAUAUUACUACUGUGGUGAAUAAACGAUCAGAACUGCAAAAUGAAUUCCGUACAAUGGAUCUGGAACUGUUGGCCGGAGAGGAAAAUUAUGUAGCAAGUCUGGUCGAAAAUGGGCUGAAGUUUGAAGUUGAUUUUGCAAACGUCUACUGGAACUCUAGGCUAGUUCAAGAACGAGUAAGAAUACGAGAUUUACUCAAAGCAGACGAUGUUGUUGUUGAUAUGUUCGCCGGUGUCGGACCAUUUGUAAUUUAUGCUGCAAAAAAAGGGUGCUUUGUCUUGGCAAACGAUCUCAAUCCAGUGGGAGCCAAGUACGUGAAGAUAAAUUCGGAACUAAACAGGGUUUGUCGCCAAAAACCAGAAACACUCCAACAGGUCACAAACCUUGUGAAAAUCUACAACCAGGAUGCAAGGACAUUUCUGGAUGUCAUAAAGAGUAAUCACAUAUUAGAUAAGAAAACGGUGGAGUAUGAUGGAGUAAAGAUAAGCCAGAACGCACAGGUCCAUUUUCUCAUGAACCUGCCAAAACUUGCCAUUGAUUUUUUAGAUUCAUUCAUUGGACUGGCAAACAACAUCGAACCGGAAUCUACCAGGGACUGUGUGGUUCAUUGCUACUGCUUCUGUGAUCAGACAGACUAUGAGAAUGAGGUGGAAACUAGACUCCAAAGGGUACUAAAUCGCAAAUUGGACGAAUACACUGUCACAAGAGUCCGUCAUGUGUCUCCAAAGAAGCAAAUGUAUUGUGUAGAAUUCAAAGUCCCAGGGUCGAUGCUAGGAUCGUCCCCGGAGACCCACUGA